AUGGUCUGGGCCCUGGGGAAAAGCAAAGACAUCACCUGCGUCAAGAUUCCAACUUCCUGCUUGGAGGAAAUGCAAGAUUAUCCCAUUGGUCACUCUUUGGGUAAUCUUAUGAAAACUCUUUCCAGCAACUGGGCCAUGCUACAGAGUCCAGAGAGGAGGAGAUGGCUCAAGGGGCUCCACCUUCAGCAUCCAAUUUAA